AUGCCCAACACAUUAUUAUCAGUCAUAUUAAACCUCUCAAUAAGGAAGAUUGGCGGAGGGGGUUUUGGGGAGAUCUACGAGGUGCUGGACCAGCUGAGCCAGGCGACAGUGGCUCUGAAAGUGGAGUCGGCGCAGCAGCCCAAACAGGUGCUCAAGAUGGAGGAGGCUGUGCUCAAAAAGCUCCAGGGUAAGGACCACGUGUGUCGCUUUGUGGGCUGUGGCCGAAAUGACCGCUUUAACUACGUGGUGAUGGAGCUGCAGGGGAGGAACCUGGCCGACCUGCGCAGGACCAUGGCCCGAGGUACCUUCUCUGUGUCGACCACGCUGCGCCUGGGCAAGCAGAUCCUGGAGGCCAUCGAGAGCAUUCACUCUGUGGGCUUCCUGCAUCGCGACAUUAAGCCAUCUAACUUUGCCAUGGGGAGGCUGGCCAGCACGUGCCGCUGCUGCUACAUGCUGGACUUCGGUUUGGCUCGACAGUUCACCAACUCAAGCCAGGAAGUGCGGCCGCCUCGACCAGUGGCAGGCUUCAGAGGAACAGUUCGCUAUGCCUCUAUCAACGCUCACAAAAACAAAGAAAUGGGUCGCCAUGACGAUCUGUGGUCCCUGUUCUACAUGUUGGUGGAGUUCAUGGUGGGCCAGCUCCCCUGGAGGAAAAUCAAAGACAAGGAGCAAGUGGGGAACCUGAAGGAGACAUACGACCACAGACUCAUGCUCAAACACCUGCCCUCCGAAUUCAGCACGUUCCUGGACCACAUCUCCACUCUGGACUACUUCACCAAACCUGACUACCAGCUCUUGACCUCCGUGUUCGACAAAGCCAUGAAGAGCCACAGUGUGCUUGAGAAUGACCCAUACGACUGGGAGAAGUGCGACGCAGAGGACAUGCUCAACAUCACUGCAGCGGCCACCACACAGCAGCUCACCAGACUCACACCCGCAUACUUAGGUAUGGCCAAUGCUUCGGUGCUACCGGGGGAGCUCCAGAGGGAGAAUACAGAGGAUGUACUGCAGGGUGAGAGGCUGAGCGAUGCCGAUAACUGCCCCCCCAUCCCCACUCCCACCACAGCGCCCCCUACAGGAGACAUGUGGGACCACACCGACCGCAACCGCAACCACAAACCAGCAGCGCAGCCCGUCAUCAGGAAGGUGGUGAGUGAAGACGAGCACAGUCAGAACCAGGGGAACCAGUCUCCAAACACAGGCUCCAUACAGAGCUCCCCGCGCCGGGUCCGCUCUGAGACCAUGUUCCUGGAGCGAGCGGCCCCUCUGCUGCGGCGCAUCCGGCACAGUCAGAGCUUGGCCUUUGAGAAGAGACUGGCCCCGGAGCCCAAGCCCACCAUCGAACGCUUCCUGGAGGCAUACCUGGGUAAACAGAGGCCCAUCCUGUUCCACAUGGGAGACAAGUCCAUCCCCGAGAGGGCAGCUCAGCCCGGGGAGGAUCACUCAGGCACUGCCACCGCAGACCCAGAGGACGGUGCCGCCAGCAGCGGCUUUGUGGCCCUCAACCUCAGCCCUGUGCCACAAGAGGGCGACAGUCAGGAGUGGGUCAUGUUAGAGCUGGAGCAGGGCUCUGCAGCCAAAGAGGGGGUGAAGGAGGAUAAACCAGCAGGUGGCGCUGUUGCAGAGACAGAGGCUCCAGAGGGACAGGCCGUGGUCCCCUCCAGUCCCGUCCUGUCCCCUGUGUCCGUCCCUGGGACCUGGCUCCUGGGACAUCGGCGGCUGCCCGGCAUGUUAGGCCACAUGCCCUCAGUCAUCAUGGGCCGGAGCCAAGAGCAGUCGUCCAGUGGAGUGUCCCAGUCCCCAGUACAGGACCGUAGUGACAUCAUCCCCCUGGAAGCUCCACUGGCUAAAUCAGAAGACGAAGAACCAGCUAAAGACAGGGGGAAGAGGCAGGAGCUAACUCCCACCAAGACUCCCACCAAGUCCCCCAUGGCCCACCUGACCCCAGAGCGAGAUCCAGAACGAGACCCAGAGAGCGACUCAGGCCUGCCUGACCGCUCCUCCGAGCCCCACCAGCAGCCCCUCCCUGAGACCACAGGGGGCGCUCUGGAGAGCACAGUCACAGUGUCCUCCUCCCCUCCUCCAGCUCUGCUCAGAAGAAGAGACUCUCCCACCUCUCCCAGACUGAGCCGUAUCCCGGUGCGAGACCCCAGCACCCCUCUGGACUCCCCCAGUAAGGAGCUAGCCCAUGAGAGGCACAAGCGCUGGAGCAGCCCCCUGCACGGCUCCCCCACCCACUCGCCCUCCCCCUCUCUGUCCUGUGAUAACCUGCCCUCUGCCCUGCCCCGGGACCGCCUGUCCUCCGAGCGAGAGGAGCCCCUGUCCCUCAGCUCCAGCUCAGGCAGCAGGAGUAAGAUCCCUCGGCCCGUCAGCGCCUCCUUUGUGUCGGAGCAGCUCAACACCAAGUUCAUGCCCAGACCCCCACCAGGCCGGCCCCCAGUGAGAACAGGGGCUGACAGCAGCUACAGGAGGCGUCGUCUCCGGAUCCGAGCGUCCAGCACCAGUGACGCAGACUUCCUGUCCAGUCUGACCGCUCUGGUACAGGACAGGGCGGGGCUGCUCCUGAGCCCCCCCCCCCGCCCUCGGAGCUCCUCCUCCUGCCUGCAGCGCUCCCUCAGCGCCUCCCCUCCACCCCCACCCAGCGCACGCACCUACCCGGGCUCCCCGCCAUCCCACGCCCAGGACAGAGGCUCUGCAAUGGGGGCACAGUGGGGCCCCAGCUCCCCUGGCAGGAGCCCAGGCCUGGAGGUGAAGGCCAAAGCGGGCCGGUGAUGAGGUGGCUGGCAUGUGUACAGAGCAGUAUUAGCAAGGGAAUGUACUGUAUGAAAUGUAAAAUGUACCAUAAACUUAUUAUAAUUUAUUUAUUUAUUUGGUGUUGGCUGCGUCUCUUACAAAGUCUCCCCUCCCGCUGCAUUCAUGUGCUGUCGGAAACCUCAACACUUUUAACAGACACGAAAACACUAAUCAAGAAGAGCCACUGUUCUGCUGAGCAGCUGUAGCUCCAUGUGUCCUCUCAGACUGAAGUGAGCCUCAGGAGCUCUGGGUUGUCCAAAGCUUUAUCAUGGAGGGCCACUGUGGCCACUGUUAGAGCCGUGCCAUUGUUGAAUUUGAAUCAUGAUUUCACGUACUCCUAUUAAUUACAAAAGUGUGUUCUGAAGGACACAGACAGGUGUGUGUCACAACCCCAGUGUGUGCUGCCACCUGUGCUUACAGUUUUAGACAAAGCUCAAAAUGGCAGAGUUUAAAGUAAAAUGUUGGACAAAUGGGCCAGGAGCAGGAGAGUCCUACUUAACACCAGUUAAGUUUAGUUUAAAAAAUUGUCACAUUUAAGUUGGUUAAUUUAAAUAAAUCUUGAGAUGUCCAGGGAUAAGAUGUUAUCACCAAGUUAAACAAGACUUACUAAGCUUUAAAGGCUUCGCAAGUGCAACUUGGUAAGUCUAGUUGAUGAACUUGGUGAUAAUAUUUAGUUUUUUAGGUUUUUAACACAAAACUAUGGAUAUAUUAGAGGCAAAGUAGGAAGCCAGGCAUUCUAUGAAAUUGUCUAGAAUGGGAUGAGGUGAGAGGGGCAGCUGUCUGAGCAGGGAUGCCCAGACUUCCCUCACCCGGGACACUUCCUCUAGCUCCUCUGGGGGGAUCCUAAAGAUCCCAGGCCAGCUGAGAGACAUAGUCCCUGUAGCUGUAACAUAUACACUAUGAAAAACUCCUUUCACGUUAAACUUUUUUCUUAGCUGCAGACCAUCUUGUUUAAAAAAUCCCCCCUCUUUAACAUACAACACAUUUGUAUAGAAAUCAACUUUUAAAGGUCUUGUCUCAUCUUGCACUUAUUUUAUCUGAAUAUUAUAAAGCUGAUGUUACUUUUUUCAAACCUUUACUCUAUUUUCUUUUUUUUUUAAACUAGAUUUUUGUAACACUAUGUUUUAAACGCUUACAUUGUAUUGCACUUAUCUUUUCUAUGGCAGCUUAUCAAAACUUGUUUUAUGACGUCACAUGAAUGCAGCUUUUGAAAUGAACACUAAGUAUUGGGGAGGAAAAAAAGUUAAUUUUGCCAACGUGACCUCUCAUUUCACUGUAAUUCUCCACUUAGGCCUAAAGCAAGACCAAAAACAUGGAAACAGUAGAUCUACCACUAGAGCAAGGCUUUCCCACGCACUAGGACCAGAACCAUGUCUUCACUAUGACGUCACUGUAAUAAGGCGGUAAUAACACUGCAAUAGGAAACACUAAAGCCUGUGCUGCUGACAUUCCAGGAACAUGCCCUGUUCACACACACAGCCUGACCUGGGAAUGAACCUGCAUUUUGCUAGAACAGGGCCACGUGUGAACGAAGCCACAGCCAUUUCCCUGUAUGUUUGAUCCAGCAAUUACCCAGCUAAAUUACUAGAAAUAACAUAGAAAAACCCUGAGAAACCUGGAAUUUUCCACUGAUCAAUCUCCACAGAGGCAAGCAGGUGACUUAACCAGUCCAAGUUACAGGUCAGAUCUGUGGAGAGGCAAGCUCACUCACACAGGGUAUGUUUUUGAGAUAUUCUUGUAGCAAUAAUGCUCCCUGCAACUGGAUAAUUGUAAGAUGAAUACAUUUAAGGGCAAACUGUGGAACAUUCCAGGCAAUGCAAUAACUUCUCCAUGGAAACAAGUAGCCUCCUAUAGAAAAGUUACACAAUUCUACUUUUUAAGUGGUUAUUUUAAUUUGGUAAAUACAAUUUCCUAUAAGCCACAACCAAAACAGGACUCAUUCUAGACUUGACAGGCUCUGGACAAGGACUUGAUCAGGACUAAACUUAACUAGCCAAAGGACUUGUAAGUGUCCCUGGAAGAAAUCUGUGUAUCUCAGUAACAUUACUUGAAAACUGCUGGGUGGAAACGAUAUGAAAACAUGAAAACUAUGUGAAACAAGCCGCUCUGGAAAGUCAGCGGCACAAGCGGAUCAUAUUUGCAGUCCACACAUCCAUUGGCCAGGCAUGUAGUGUUUUCUGUGUAAAAGUACUAGAGUUCUGAUGGUAGUAUUAAACAGAGGCCUUAGCAGAGGGCCCUGUGAUAGAAUGCUUUCCCGUCACACACACACAGAGCUGUAGACUGGACAUAACUCACUCCUUAAGUAUUGUAAUGCAUGAAGUCACCAUGAUGUUUUUUUUUUAUUGUUUGAUCAUUUCUUCAUUUGUACAAACCGGCCGAGGCAUCUGUAUUUUUAUUAUCUGCUUCUAAAAAUACAACAUCAUGUAGUCCA